GAAAUUUUAAUCACUUCAUUGCACAAUUAUACUAAUCAAACCGCAAACUAUCCAUCACGUGUGAAGUAAUCGUUAAUAACUUCCAAGAUUGGUGAAACUAAGCCACCAAACCAAUCAAACGUUACACUUUCUUAAUCACUUAUUACUGUGCAAAGACCACUUCGAAAAGUUGACCAAGCUUUUGAUGAUUUCUAGCUUGCUCGCUUCACCAACCUUACUCACAUUAGCUGAUCUCCCCUUGACUCAAAGCACUUGCUUGACUUGUAUCUACAUCAUAUAAAACUAGGUAGAGCCCUGUUAAUUAUUGCAAUCCCACCAGCCUAGCAAGCGAAAAUACAGCAGCUUUCAAAAUGUUUCAUGCUCGAUUUGUUCUAUUGGUACUGAUGGCAACAUUGCUGUUGGCAAAUUUUGGGACCGUGUCUUGGGCUCAAGAUCAGUCUCAGCUGAGCCUGGAUUACUACAAGAAGACUUGCCCUGAUGCUGAAAAGAUUGUGAGGACUGAGAUGGAGUGCAUGGUUCGCGAGGAUCCUCGCAAUGCGGCUGCUAUUCUUCGACUCCAUUUUCAUGAUUGCUUUGUUCAGGGAUGUGAUGGAUCAGUGUUACUGGAUGACACUAUAACGCUGAAAGGUGAAAAAGCAGCAGCACAGAAUUUGAAUUCUUUGAUUGGCUUCGACUUGGUGGAUCGUAUAAAGAAUCAGUUGGAGUCUCAGUGCCCUGAAACUGUGUCUUGUGCUGAUCUUCUCGCUAUAGCAGCUAGAGAUGCAGUUAUCCUGGUUGGAGGACCCUAUUGGGAUGUUCCGGUUGGAAGAAAAGACUCUAAAACCGCAAGUUUGGAAUUAGCUAAUUCCGAUAUACCAAGUCCUGAUCAAGGCCUCAUUCCUCUCAUCACCAAAUUCUUUGAGAAAGGCCUCUCAGUCACAGAUAUGGUAGCUUUAGUUGGUGCACACACCAUUGGAAUGGCUCGAUGUGUCAAUUUCAGGGACAGAAUCUACGGGGGUGACUUUGAACUUACAUCACAUUACAAUCCAGCAUCAGAAUUAUAUAUCAACAAGCUAAAAUCAACCUGCCCCUUAAGCGGAGGAGAUGAUAAUAUUACCCCAAUGGACUAUGUUACCCCUACACUCUUCGAUAAUGCAUUCUUCGAGUCACUUAUUAAGGGAGAUGGGCUUCUGAAUUCUGACCAGGAGAUGUACUCAAGUCUUGUAGGCUUUCAGACAUCUGACCUUGUGAAGACAUAUGCCGCUGAUCCUAUUGCUUUCUUCAAGCAGUUUUCGGAUUCAAUGGUGAAGAUGGGGAACAUUACUAAUCCUGAGGGCGGUGAAGUGAGGACUAGCUGCAGAUUUGUGAAUACAUGAACACUGAAUUCUGAUUCUACUGUGCCUGAAUAAUUUUGUGAGUGUGUUUAGUGUUAACAAAUAUCUAAAAAAAGAUUGUUGUGUGGUAGCAUUAUUGUCAUGUCUUGAGAGAAAAUUUCCUAUAUCAAUACGUAUACACCAUGAAUGAAUUCAAUUUAUU